AUGUUCUUCCCAUGGAUGAACCAAUCUAAUUAUCAAUAUGCAGCUCAACCACAGCAUAAUCAAUGUUUGAAUUAUCAAGAACAGAGUUAUACAUCCUCAUCAUAUUUGGACCGAAGUUCAAUGGAUUUUUCGACUACACCGUUUGGCGACCAAGAAGAACAUGAUGAAGUCACUGACCCAUCAGAUAGUCUUCAUAAUAAACGCGAACGAUUUCGAGUUAAGCAGAUGAAUGCUGCUUUCGACCUGUUGAGAGAACACCUUCCAAAUCCUGACGCAAUCAACAAUCAAACGUCAGGUAAACGUCUCAAGAGCAGGCGGCGAAAUUGUCGAAGGAUUUCCAAAGUGAAAACCUUGAGAUUGGCAGUCCAGUAUAUCAAUGAUCUACUGAAAAUUCUGGAAGAUCUGAACAGAGCAUGA